AUGGGACGAUCUCGAAAUCCUGCCGAUAUAAUUUCGCAUGUAGAAUCAGAAAGUCAGCCGAAAGAAAUUCCAUGGACUUUGUUCCUCUCGUCUGAUAGACGGAUGAUGAGAAAUCUAUCCAGGGAGUUGUCUAAUUCACCUUCUCCGUCGCACAGUCUCAGCAACUACCCCCAAGAAGAUUGGUCUCAAUAUUUGAAUAAAAAAUACGACGGCUUCAUCCAGCUUUGCAAAGACUACCCGUGUCGAUUCAAAAGUCCCCGGGAAGUUAUUUCUCAUUUUGCUUGGAUUCCCAGCUUUUCCGAGAAGAUCGGCCAAAAAGAUGAACCAGUGAUAGAAGCUCUCACAAGCUAUUUGAAAUUUCUUUUUACAAUACAGUGCCCCGAUUCUGAGGCUUACAGGAAAGAUCUAAAAGAUGAAAAAGCAAUCCAGUUUUUAUCUGCUGUCAUUUUUCACACAAUAUCUCUUGGGAAGAAGUCAUCGACGAAAACGAUCUUGAAUAACUGCCAUCAUGUGAUUGAAACGCUUGCGAUGAAGGAAAACAAGAAGCUCAUCGAAUCCAUAUUUCCUGGAUUGUUCACUUUCAUAGUUCAGACAAUGAUGCGCCCCGGAAACCUGAAUUCAAAGGAAUUCAAAUCAUGGCUCAGUCUCCUCCGCACAGUCGUCAUUACUUUUCUGAAAUCAGUGCCAUCAGAAAAGCUCGAUAAAAAUCACGUAGAAGCAAUUUCAAAAGCAAUUCUUCCACUUUUGUCCAAAAUCAUCGGCUUCAAGGAUCCACCAGUUUUGAUCGAGGCAAGUUCCUUGGGAAAUGAGCUGUAUCCAUUGAUAGAAGCAUUCCAAAAAGAUCUCUUCGAUUUGCUCUGCUACUGCCGAUCAUACGAAAACGUCCACCCUCAAGAUAUUUCGGUCGUGCCAAAGAAAGAACGAAUCUCAAAGAGCAGCGAAUAUCUCGAUUUGUUCGGCAGCAUCUUCUCAAAAGGAAACUUUUCAUUCAUUCUUCGCUGCAGUGCUGGUCUACUGGAUUCACUUUCAAGCGAAGAACUGUCACUCAUUAUCGACAUUCAAUCAUUCAUUUCAAAAUUGUUGAAUGAUAUGGAACCAGAUUUUUCGACUCUCCCACCGAUCGUCGUUACAGAAUGCCGAAACUUGAGAAAUCAGGAAGAAGUUUACACACAGAAAGACGCAGAAGAAAAACCAGUAGCCAUGGAGCUCUCGAAAUUCUCCCCCAAGCAUUUCUCUGAGGAAGAUCUAGUUAUCUUGAAGAACAUUCUCAAAACAAUCCUACAUGAUUCCCUCCAUGAAGAAAUUUUUGACGCUCUACUGGACGAAGCGUCGAUUCGACCGUGCUCUUCUUUCUUCCUUGGAGCGAUUCUCUUGCAACAGAUGACCGAAGCUCCCGAAAAUCUCAUCCAAGUCUUCGAUGGGCUGAAAGUUUCGGCUGUUCAAAACAGGGCGACACUGGGAGAAAACAUUCUUUUCGUUCAUUUCUUAUCCGAAGCAGUCAAAUUACUGAAAGACAACGACGAUGACAUCUGCGCGCUGCUGUACUCGAUUAUAUUCUACUGCGCUUCGGAACAUACAGUCCUCGCAAACUUGGCACUCAAAUCGCUGAAAGAACUCGCUGCCCUAAGAAACUCGAGCAUAAAAAAACUCCUGGAAGAAUUCCUCGAUCCUCUGAUGUCAACUCUACUUGCAAAACUCCAGCAUCUAUCUCUUUAUCCUUCCAGUCCGCGAGUUUUCUCCGCGCUGCUGGAUCUUUUAGACGAUUCUAGUGAAGAAAAAGUCCCGAUUCUUUCGUCAGCGUUUUCUGAAAUCGUUGGAUUCAUCGAAGAAUCGAAUGGAAACGAUCUUCCAAAUCUAAACUCAGCGCUGAGAGCACUGGCUAGGUUUCAUAAAAGCCCGAAAGAUGUUACGAUGGAUUUGAAUGAUUUGGCAGAGAAAAGUCGGACUCAGAAAGAAACGAAUUUCCAAAACUCCUCAAAGCGAUUGUGUGAAUGCUGCAUGGCCACGUUAAGUUUUGGCUUCGAGGCGAGAAUUACCAUUUCUGCGAUGGAUAUUCUAGGGCACUUCCUCCCCCAUGUUGACCACAGCGAAAGGCUGCCGAUUGCCGCACAAGCGUUCUCUCAACUUUUGGGAAGGUUGAAAUUGAAUGAUUGUAGAAUAGCGGCCAAAGUUCCUUCUGUCUUGAAACAGCUGUUCUUGGCUAGUGGCGAUUUUCUGGAUGCUAGAGUCAUUGAUGAGUAUUUUCCUAUUGCCAAGACGAUUUUACGAUCAGCUCACAAGGAAAAUUUUGACGCUUUCAGCUCACAACUGAAAUUUCUCGAAAGAAAUCUUGAAUUCCUCGAUUUCGCGUUUAGCUCAAUCAGCGACGCAACAGACAGAAGAAAAGGAAAAUUCACGGAAAUGAAAGAAACGCUGAAAAUGAUGGAUUUUACGAAAAUGCCUUCUGCUCAUCUGAAGAAAUCAAAACUGCUUGAAAAACACCUCUGA